CCCGCCCUUGAGCCUCACUGAGAGGAGACAUCAACUCCCUGCUGCUUCCGUUGACAUGGUGUGAAUAUGGCGGCAAAGGAAAGUGUAAACAGCAACCAAAGUGAUGUCGAAUAUGUAGUAAACCGCUGGGUAGUGGAUUAUUAUUUGAGUCUUGCGCUGGAGUUGUUUCAAAAGCAGCAAUACGAGGACUUCCGCGGCAUUAGAGAUGUCCUCAACAGUGUCAUCAUGGUUCGUCCUUUCGAGUCCACUGAUUCCAUGACAACAAAGUUGGGAGUGUUGAAGUUUCUCUCCCGGAUAAAUGAGGGUGAAAGUCCUGAACUGUUAUUUGAGUCCGACCAAACAUUAAGUCCUCUGGAAUCAGCCUUCAUUUUGCUGGAAGUAAUCAACCAGGAAUGCACAAUUCCACAGCAGGACUUAGAGGAUGUACGCACUUCACUUAAAGAGAUGAUGGUGGUGAUUUUCAUCAAGAACAAUAACUUUGCAAAAGCAAAAGAGGUGCUGAACAAAUACUUUCCCAAAACAAUGGUUGGCAAGAAAGCUAUAUUCAUGGAACUCAUCAAUCAGAAGAGUAAAGCACAUGAAGUCAUCGAGCAAAUUGACUUCCAGCGGUUCAAAGUGGAGAUGUUUGCCUUUUGCCAGAAGAUCUGCUCAUUCAGUGUUCCCUUUCUUCACAAGGCUGCAGAACAGCUUAUUGAUAAAAGACUUGCGGUGCCAGACGACAAUGCAGCUGGACCUGACGGGCAAGACAAAGCUGGCCCGUCCACGAGUCCACAGAUCAACAUCAUCCAUAAACAUACAACAAGAAGCAGGCUGGAGGCAACCUACAAUGCUUUGGCUGCAGGUUCAGAUCAGAGAACAUUUGAUCAGCUGGAGGAAGAAGUGGAGGAAGAAGUGGGGAAAGAGGAGCUGACAAAAAAAGAUGAUCUCUCCCUCUGCCUCUCACCUUCUCCCGUUAAGGGCACCAAUCAGGACUCAGAGCAGGAUGGGUUAUUUCAGAGAAACUCAGGCAGCCCCAUGGAGGCUUCCCCAGCUGACCAAGCAACACAAACGGAUGCUGUUCCUCAAAUACAGGAAGGUUCACUCUCAAAGACGCCCUCAGUGCCGAGGAACAGGCGGCUUUACACUGUGGCACAACUGGUGGUUGAGCCGGACAGCCAGGGGAGCUCACAGUGCACAGCAGCUUCUCAGGAACUGGAGGUUGAGGUCAGAGCAGAAGAACCACAACAGUCACCAGCUAUACCCAAUAAAAAUGACCUACAGAACCCAGUAACAGACAGUGAGGUUGCCAUACCCACACGGAAACGCAGAGCCGCAACUAGAUUAGAGUUGUCUACAGACAGCGAGGAGGACUCCCAUGACUCUGUGGCCAAUGGGGAAACUUCUGUGACAGAACUCCAUAACCAGUCCAACACAUCUGUCACCAAGAAACCGGCAAAGCAGUUAUCAUCAGACAGUGAGGAAGACCCACAGGAGUCGGUAGCUCCCCACAAAACCCCAGUGCAGAAAACUCCGAAACAACAGACCAGCACUGGGACCAGCACUCGAACCAGCACUCGGACCAGCACUCGGACCAGCAAGGAUACAGGUAAUACAGAUGUCUGUAUCACAGAUUCUUCAUUGGACAGCUCACCUGAGCUGUUCCCUCUUCACACUGUCCCUCGAACGAGCUCCACCCCUCGUAGGAGCUGUGCUCAAGGCAAAGCUUCUUCUACUUCAAAAUGGAAACAGCUGUACAAGAAUGCAAAGGAGAGUAAGGAAACCUGGAGCGACGAAGAGUCGUGUGUCCACCCCAAAAAAAAUAGCGAUUCGCACAACGACAGCACUAUGUCAACUUCAGGCAACAGAAGGAAAAAGUGGUCUGAGAGUGAGACGCAGAAGUUGAAAGACGGGGUCAAAAGGUUUGGAGAGGGCAACUGGAGUAAGAUAAAGGCAUAUUACUCCUUCAAGGAUCGAACAAAUGUCAACCUUAAGGACAGAUGGAGAACGCUGAAGAAGUCAAACAUGGUGUGAGUAGAGGACAUCACACCAAGAACUUUUCCACCUCGUUCCUCAGGAAUUUUAUUUUCAGAGUAAGUUGUACCUCGUUCAGGCCAAUCCAGCCUUUUUCCUGUUUUGUCACUAAAUCAUGUUUUAAGCUAUUGUAUAGUUCAUGGCACUUUCCAGUUCAAUAAACUUUCACGGUUCAAUUUGCAA